AUGCCCGACAACGCCUGGGUGGGCAGCUGGAGGCCGCACCGGCCCCGCGGCCCCAUCGCCGCUCUGUACAGAGGCCCGGGGCCCAAAUACAUGCUGCCCACCAAUGUGGGCUUCCAGCAGCACGACCUGUCCCGCAGCCGCGCUCCCGCCUACAGCUUCGGGCUGCGCCUGGAGGAGCAGCGGCGGGACCGCUCCCCGGGGCCCGUGUACCUGCCGCCCCCCGGCACGGGCAAGGCCAGCCCCCCGGCCUUCUCCAUCCACAGCCGGCCCCGCGACCUGCCCCUGCCCCGCCUGCCCGGCCCAGGCUCCUACUCACCGGAGAGGGCCAACAGGCUGGCCUUCCCCACCGCGCCUGCCUACACCCUCCAUGACAGAACCAAGCACAGCAGCAUCCUCCAGACGCCAGGCCCUGCAGCCUAUCAGCUGCCCCCCAUGCUGGGGCCACGCGUGGUGGACAAGAGCUCGUCCCCCAGCUACUCCAUGUCAGGACGAAGCAACGUGGGAACCUUUUACCAGGACCUGUGCAAGACGCCGGGGCCUGGCAACUACCACACGGUGAACGCUGACAUCUACAAGCGCCGGGCGCCGCAGUUCAGCAUGUUGGCACGGAACAGCCCCCCUGGGGACACCACCACCAAGCCUGGGCCCGGUGCCUACAGCCCCAAGCAGAGCCAGAGGCAGGGGCAGACUUUUGGGAUCCGGCACUCAGACUACCUGGCUCCCCUCAUCGUGGAUGUGCCUGACAACAGGGAGCAGUGA